AUGAUGGAAGAGACCAGGUCGAAAAGUGCCAGCGGAAAACACCAACCAAGCAAGUCUAAAGAACCAUCGAAUGACCCACAAAGCAAUAGCGAGGCCGAUCUGAGCCGACAAAAGUUUUUGAAAGUUGCUCCCAGUCUUUUCACUCCUGAAAAGCUGCCGCUCUUUGACAGCUUGGAUCUAUACACCGCGCUCAUCCGGAGCAGUAAAGCUCUGGAGCAAGGCGAAAGGCUACACAAUCUGAGCUGGAGGAUCAUGAACAAAGCGCUCCUCAAGGACCAUGAACUCAACAAGUCAAAGAAGCGAGACGGAGUUAGGAAUCUUUACCAAGUCCUCAACCCAGCUAACAGCGGGCAGUUCCAACGCCAGCAACAGCCGCGCCAGAUACCCACUCCUCCACGGACUCAUCAACGGACGGCUUCUGAAAUGCAGCCUAUGCAGGUAAUGAGCGCAAUGCAGGGUACAGCCUCUGAAGCCAAGACAUCCCCAGAGCAGCCGCGGUUCCCGCACAUACAUCAUCAGAAACUGCCGGUUCGUGCCACCAGCGACCUACAGAUAAAAAGAGGCCUACACAGGGCACAAGAUCCAAGGCCUGGCCACCAGCCCCAACAACCGCAUCUGCAACAACUGCAUGUGCAACACGCGCAAUCCAAGCACGCGCCCAACAAGCAAGGAGCCCGAUUCACUCUUGGUAACGAUUCUAGCGUUUCAUCGCCGGAGUCAUCGCAGAUGAUACUGGCGUCCCCAGAUGCCACUGUCUUUGCUGGAAAAAGAGAAGGAUCAGCUCAGGCUAAUUCGAUGGAUGCGAGCGAUGCUCAGAAGCGGAAAAAGAAUCACAAGAGAGUCGCUCAGCCUACGCGUUCGGCCGGGAGCUUAUUCACGCCGCGGCCCGAUGACGGGCCCACAGCUUCUGCAUUGCCUACCAAGGCCAUUUCUCAUGACCACAUACCUAAAUCUCUGUUUGGCAGGAAGCCAACCGCUCAUCACAAGCCAGCCGCGCCCUCCUCGGAAAACAAGGUGUUUUUCAGCAGUGACGACGAUGAGUCUGACUGGAACUCACUUUCUGACGAUUCCGAGCUGUAUGAUGACGAAGAAGAUGACCAAUACUAUCAAAAGCAGUGGGACAAGCUCAUGUUCAGCCGCAGCGAACAAUCGAAGGGUGGUUUUCACGCUGGGCGUAAUACAACACCACCACCUGCCGACAAGCAUGACCCUAAAAGAAGCUUGCUGAGCGGAUUAUUCCUAAACGAGCUGGCCAACAAGGCUCCCACCCCACCUAUCAUGACGCCGUUGACUGCACAGCACCCUACACUUGGGGAGAGCAGCGUUGUUGCUGUGGGCGAUGUCACACCAGCGAGUUUGCGGGCAAGCACGUCCAGCUUCUUUCCCGAAGGAACACAAGAAAAAGCGCCCGAGCCAUCUGCUCCUUCCGCUAUUCCACCGAGAUAUCCUCGAAGCCGGGGAAGCUUCAGCAGCAUCAUAUCCGAUUCUACGCUGCAGAGAUACGCCCACCAAUCCAAUGCUCCACCUACAGCUCAGACGAUUUUACCAACGGCUUUAUCUACUCACAUGUUCCUGCCCAAUAAUGUUCAUCAACAGAGGAUGGCGCGAUCUGUUUUGUCACGUUCUGCUCUCAGUGAAAGACGAGAGUCAAUCGACAUACCGUCUAAGAAUCGCAACAACUCAUUUUUGAAGACGCGAAUGGAAAUAUCAGAGGAGGAGGAAUUUGCUAGGGCUAAAACAGGCAGGUAG